AUGAAUCGAUCUGAUAAGUUCAAAUUGAUUCGUAACAUUCCAUUGCGACAAUUGCCAGAAAAUCGAUCUGGUAUUACUUUGGUUUGGCUUGAGAAUACAUCGUGUUCUUCAUGCAAUGACAAUCAGAUUCGAUUGCAUAAUUUUAGCAAUCGAUGUUUUAUUGUUUAUUAUUCAAAUCUAUCAAAAUGUGUUAAAUACUUGAAACACAUUCGAUCACGUGAAUAUGUUAUUAUUGUUAUUAUGUCAUAUCCAAUGGAAACAAUUCAACGCAUCAUUCAUCGAUUUCAACAAUAUCGCGUUAUACAAACAAUAUUCGUUGUAUAUUCUGAUGAAAAUACAGCUCAUCAUCUGUCGUCAAUAAUCGAUAAUCUUCAUAUCUUUCAAACUCAAGAAUCAAUGUUUGAACUUUUAGAAAAACGAAUUGAACAAGUUGAGAAACAAAAUUUAAGUGGCGGCUUAUUUACAACUUUCUACCGUACAGAAAAAUCUCUGAAAGAUGUUAAAAAAGAUUUGGCGACAUUUAUUUGGACUCAUGUAUUUAAAGGUUUGUGUUUCGAGAGUGUUCAUCCAAAAACUAUUGCUGUUGUAUAUUUAGUUCUUUUGAUGAGUAUGCCUCGUGGCUCUCUGCAAGCGAAAUAUGAGAUGUUAAGCGAAUGUCGAGCUUAUUAUCAAAAUGAUGUUGUUCAAUUAGCUCAAAUUGAUGAAUUUGAACGCACAUAUCAAUCAAAAGAUGCUAUUCGUUGGUAUACAAAACCUGGAUUCUUGUUUUAUCUUGUUAAUAAAGCUUUACGUAGUCAAGAUAUUUGGGUUAUGUAUAAAUUUCGUUAUUUUAUUGUUGAUUUAUGCUGUUGUUUGGAAGAAAUUUCCAUUUCAGUCUUUUUCAUCGGUUCGUCUUUAUCGUGGAGCAAAGCUCAAUCGAGACGAACUCGAACAACUGCAAGUUGGUUGCCUUAUAUCAACUAA